CGGGACAGUUCAAAACAAUUUUGAGCCGAACAGCCUUACGUUCUUGAACGGUUUCAUAAUGCUAUGUAAUGAAUCAGUUGAUAUAAAUUAGUAGAUAACGAUACUCAAAGAAAUACUUGAUCGAGACAUGGGGACAAAGUAUUUCGAAACAUUUAUUAUGUAACGAUCUGUAAAAAAAAAAAGUGUUAAAAACCUUUCUGCAUCUCAUAAAUACCUGGAACUGUUUUUUAAAAGUAAGGAACAUUCAUGUAUAAUCAUUUCUCGAAAUUCUUCACGCGUCACAAUUCUUUGAAAUAUAUCUAUUGCAUGUUUGAUUUAUCUUAUAUUUCCAGUACAUUUUACCUUAAAAAUACACUUCUCCUGGUAAUAAACUCCACAACAACUGAGUUCACACUGUCUGAUAACAGUAGCAAAGUUCAAAUGAUAACUUAAAGAUGAGCCAAUAUAAAUUGUCUGCUGUUAUGCAAAUGAACAGUACAGAGUUUAGUCAUGUUACGUUACGCGUUGCUGGUCCACGUUCUUGUGGCUCUUGUAACAGCUGAAACAGAGCAGACAUGCACGAGUCACGAUGGCUUUACUGUGUGUCAUUUUCGAGGUGUUUUAAGUAGUGUUACACAGCAGAGGAACGAAGACAGAUUGGAAAUCAGUGAUUUAAAUUUGCUGUCAAUCAAGCCUGGCGCCUUCAAAGACCUGACGAUAACAAAUUUAUAUUUGUAUCAAGGAAACCACAUCUCAAUUCUACAGUCCGGAGCAUUUACCGGCCUACCAAAAUUGACCCGCCUCCAUCUGGAUAACAAUGUUGUCACCCUGAUUCCUAAUCUAUUUCAAGAACUAUCUCAGCUAGAGUCAUUGUCGUUGAUUUAUAACAAGAUCAACAAUAUACCGGCAGGGACGUUUACCGGACUAUCGAAAGUAAUGUGGCUCUAUCUCAACCAAAACGAUAUUCCGGAGAUAAAGCCAAACAUGUUUACUGGACUCCCACAGCUGUUGUAUUUGUGGCUAGAUAAUAACAAAAUAGCUACCGUUGCUUCAGGAUCUUUUGCAAAUCUCAAGGAAUUAAACCGUCUUCAUUUGGACUACAACAAAAUAACAGAAAUAAAACCCAACACUUUCACCGGUUUAACGAAGCUUGAAACUUUAUAUGUUAACGAUAACAGCCUAACGUCACUUCCGCAAGAGACAUUUGGAAGAUUGCCGGAGUUGAAGAGAUUGUAUGCAAAUCACAACAAAAUUGCAACCAUCCAUUCCCAUGCUUUUAAAGGCCUGAGUGAUUUGAAGAUCUUACAUCUUGAGCACAACGAAAUUUCUGAGAUUCAGCCCGCUGCAUUUGAGGGCCUUGUCUUGGUUGAAGAAAUAUUUUUGUCCAAUAACAGAAUUCACACUCUCCCAAAUAAUGUAUUCGCUGGACUAACUCAGAUCAAUUUAAUUUACAUGGCAAAUAACACUUUGACUCAAAUUGAUAAAACUAGUGUUCAGCUGCCAAGUUCCAGUACAGUUUAUUACACUGAAUAAGAUACUAGCGAAUACCUUGAAGAUAAAUUGCAAACUUGCUACAAAUACGGACAUGACAGAAGUUAACUUAAGACUCGAGCAGCAGCAGCGACAAAUUUGUAUUUCCGGAGCAACUGCAUUAUUUCUGAUAUCAACUACAAGAUAGAAUAGACAAGAUUUCAGUGAUUAUUUAAUAGAGAAGAUUCGUCAAUGUUACGAUAACAAAAAUUUCUACCAAUAGUAGCUGUCCAGGUGGUCUAUUUAGUAGCAAAAUAUUUCACGCUUCGCCACGUGUCGUAGCUCAAAGAAACUACUUUUUUAAGAACGUAAUACACACCCUACUAAAUAAUUUGCCUGCAAGAUUGAUACCUAGCUGAUAAAAGUUUAACUAAAAUUAAUAGAAAGCGCACUUGAUUGUCUAGAUUUUAGUUUUGUUAUAAGUGGUGAUGCUGACAAUUAGCCCUUGAAGAUUGUUUGCUAUACGGUUUUGUAGUUUAAUUUAUCGCCUUAGUUAAAUGAAAUAAUUAUUAUUUCUCCACGAUGUAGUGAUGGUCUAUUAAUGUAUCAUUAAUCAAAAUAAAUGUCAAUAAUAAAAUA